UCUUUUAAGAUAUUUUUCAUGGGUAUUAAUUUCAAAUUCGAUACCGGCACUUGCGUUAGAAUCUUUCAAAAUUCAUUGGAUUAAAACUUCACUAUUUUCUUAUGAUUUGUGAGAGAGGAAAGUGUCGGAUUGAAAUGCUAGUACUCCAGAAUGUGGCGUUGCCCAGGAACAGUUUGUUCGGUACAAUUCAGACAAGACCCAUUACAGCAUUCAGGAUUCAGAGCUGCCAAGGAACACGAUCCAGAUUUGACUUCGUUAUCUCCAUGCUAGAUAAUGGAAAGGAUAAUGGCAUACAAGAAAAUUUAAAAGAGAAGCAUAAUCAGCUUAGCUUGAAACAAAAUCCAAGUGAUUCAUUUGGGAGGUUUCAUAAAGGGUCUGGUCUAGGAGAUGGGUCACAUGCCCCUGUUCAAGACGUUCUGGAAGAAGUCCUAUCGACAAAGGCCUUUGUUUGUGAUGAUGACUUGACUGAGCAGUUCACCGAACGCAAUAAACAGGGAACAUUAAUAGGUGCAAUAUCACUUAUUACAGGAACGAGCUUUGGAUCUGGAAUUCUUGCUCUUCCUGCACGUACUGCUUCUGCUGGAUUUAUACCUUCCGCAGUUUCAAUGUUAAUUUGCUGGGGAUUUUUAAUGCUUGAAGCUCUUCUUCUAGCAGAAUUGAAUGUAGCUUUGCUGAGACAGCAGGAUCCAAGUCAACCCGGGAAGGCUAUGUCAGUAGUAAUCUCAUUCCGCACCAUGGCAGAACAAACAUUGGGGAAAUGGGGUGGAUAUGUCUCAACAAUCAAUUAUAUAUUUUUGUCUUAUACAGUAAUGGUUGCUCAUAUAUCAAAGUCUGGUGAGGUUCUGUCCAGCAUAAUUCAAAUACCUGCUUCAAUAGCAGGGGCAUUGUUUGCAUGUAUAUUUGGAAUCCUUGUCUUGGUUGGUGGAACCAAGGCCACAGAUACAGUGAAUCAGUUACUUACAGCUUGUUUGAUUGGCCUAUUUCUAUUUAUAGUGGCAACCUUUCUUGGAGGUUGGUCAGGGAUCAAUCACAUGGACUGGGACCUGUUGCCACAAACAGUUCCUGUGAUUUUGUUCUCUCUUGUCUAUCAUGAUAUAAUUCCAGUGCUAUGUGCAUACUUAGGGGGGGACAUAUCACGCAUCAGGACUUCUAUCAUUUUUGGAAGUAUGGUGCCUUUAGCAGUCUUUCUUGUUUGGGAUGCUGCUGCUCUUGGGGUUGCUCCAAUUUCAGGUGGCGAAGACCCUUUGGAUUCUCUUCUAAGGCUCGGAGGGAGCAAUUUUUCCUAUUUUGUUCAAUUAUUCUCUCUUGUGGCAAUUGCAACUUCAUCAAUUGGUUCUUCGUUAGGAUUAAUGGAGUUUUUCUUGGAGCAAUUAAGCAACUUCAAAAUGAGUGCAGUGUUAAGACGAAAUACUCAGAUUACAACUGCCUAUAUGAUAUACCCAAAAGCAAGACAUUUUAUCACAUUACUGCAUCCCUUUAAGAACAUAUUUUCACGUUUAGCUUAUCGAGCAAACUUUGGGAGAUCUUUUCCUUAUACUAUGGCUAGGGCAAGCAAAAUGGGUUCAGUCCUUAACAGAUGGUGGCUAAGUAAUGGUUUGCGACUCGCAUCUUUUGCAUUAGUGAUAUUUCCACCUGUACUGAUUUCGAGUUUUGUGGGAAAUGCAUUCUUCUCUGCAACAGAUAUUGCGGGUACUUAUGGCAUGAUGACACUUUAUGGCAUUUUCCCACCUGCAAUGGCAUGGGCAUGGGCCGAAUCAAAUGAUAAAUUAAAAUCUGAAGAUUCUAAACCCUUGACAGUCCCUGGAGGAAGAUUUGCAUUAGCAGGAAUUGGACUUUGUGCCAGUGGAGUAGUGCUGAAUCAACUGUUUUUAGAUUUGGCUGGAAUGCCACUUCAAAACAUAGUUGACAAUGGUUUGAUAACAGAAAUAAGCAAUGUAAUUUCUACUGUGCCUUGAUCGAACUUUACUGAAUGGAUAAGAACACAUAUUGUUGUCCAGGAGCUUACUGCACAAAUACCAAGGCGCCCAGCAUUAUCUGAUUUAUGACAUUUCUGUAUCAGUCUUCCUUUCAAUGAGCAUGUCCCUUCGCUUGCUUUGGUCAGACCAGUUAAUGCUCCUAUUGGAAUAGAAGAUGACCUACCAUAAUUUUUAUUUAUAUCCUUUCUUUCAGGAGUACACUGGUGCACAUUUUGUGCACAUGUUUCAUGGAUCAAUCUCAUGCAAGUUGGAGCCCUUAAGUGAGCUUUGAAAGAGAAUGGGAUAAAAGUUCCACCAUAAUUUCUAAAGAGAUGAGUGUAGUGAACAAAAUAAUUUGUUAUUUGCUGUUUGGACAGACUUUUUUGUGUUAUUCUUGGCAGCCUGUAGCUGCCCCAUAUUUGUAAAAUUAUUGUAUUUCUUUAAUACAAAAAAAUAA